AUGAGCCAAACCAGCCGACAGUUAUCUUGCAGCUCCGUUUGGUCCGGGGUUAAGAAAAUAAAGGCAGGCGACGCGGUGAGAGCUCUCGGCAUGGCGCAAAAAACUGAGGAAAAUCCAGACGGUUUCACGAAAAGCUGCGCAGGAAACGGCAGGUUUGACGAAUCCGAUAAUAAUGCCAGGAGCUGCGGGUCUGGGUGCGUUAAUCCGCCAGCCCGUGACAUGGAGGCGCGCUGCUGUCAGACAGCUGCUGCUCCUCAGGAGGAGUUGUUAAACGCUGACACCAGAUCCUUUUCUGCGUGCGCCACAAUCUCAGAGACAGCCAGAGAGCUGUGCAGAGCAGUGUCCGUUUCUUUGGGUCUCACCAUGGAGUCCAGUGACAUGAGCGACGUGGACGCCGCACUCCCCCCAUGUGCGGCAAAUGACCAAAUCAGCGGAGAGUAUUUUUUCGGGGUGGACGCCGCGGCUGUGAGCUGCCCCGAUGCCCAGACCCAGAUUACUUACAGGUGUCCCGACCGGGAAGAGCGACCUGUUCACGGCCAGAAGCCAGCCGUGAAGAUGUAUAAAAGUUCAGAGACGCCUGCGCAUUUUCAUCACCUCGCCUCCAGCCGGACGUCUGUGAACGCGCAAAACUUUACACCGUGCGAGGCUGAGGACACGGAUCACCUGAACGCAGCCCGCGCCGUUUCAUGCCCUUACGCCCCAGACCACUUAGCCCAGUACGCUCACACUUCGACGGCGGCGGCGGCGGCCAACGAGAGGCCAUGCAGGGCGGCUUACAACCCUCAGGAAGGCGUGCGGGACUUCGUGGAAGCCCCGGAGAGCGACUCCGGCGGAUAUCAGCCGGACCAGUACAGCGUCAAAAUCAAGUCCGAGGGAAACGAUGGUUGGGGGUCUUUCUGGGGCGGCGGGUACACCUUCAACAAAAGGUACAACACUCAGUUCUGGGGGUCCAGGCAGUGCAUGAACGCACACGAGUCUGGACCGAACGCGGCGUUCAUAUGUAAUCCAUACGAGGGGAGCGUGGUGCGCCCGGAGCAGUGGUAUCCCGGCGGUAUGCUGAGGACCCCCUAUCCCAACUCCGGAGACAUGAAGAGCCAAGUCGGUGAAUGGCUGGAUGUAGUCUACAACGAUACCAGGUUUGAGGCUGGCAGAGAGCACAUGUUCCCCAUGGAGUUCUUCUUCCCUCCCCAGAGAACGUGCCUGAUUUGCUCAGAUGAGGCAUCUGGCUGCCAUUACGGUGCGCUCACAUGUGGCAGCUGCAAGGUUUUCUUUAAAAGAGCUGCAGAAGGUAAGCAGAAAUACUUGUGUGCAAGCAAAAACGACUGCACCAUUGACAAGCUAAGAAGAAAGAACUGCCCCUCUUGUCGACUGAAGAAGUGCUUUGAAGCUGGGAUGACUCUUGGAGCUCGCAAACUGAAGAAGAUUGGACAACAGAAAAACCCAGAAGAAGAACAUCCUGGACAGGAAGCGCCAGAAGUACCCCACAACAUGUCUCCUAAGUCAGGUCCAAGCUUGAACUCCCAGAUGGUCUUCCUGAACAUCCUUGAGUCCAUCGAGCCUGAGGUGGUGAAUGCUGGACAUGACUGUGGCCAACCAGACUCAGCUGCUGGCCUGCUGACCAGCCUCAAUGAACUGGGAGAAAGACAACUGGUCAAAGUGGUCAAAUGGGCUAAAGGCUUACCAGGUUUCAGAAAUCUCCACGUGGACGACCAGAUGACUGUCAUCCAGCAGUCAUGGAUGGGGGUGAUGGUGUUCGCCCUGGUAUGGAGGUCCUACAAGAACGUCAACGGCAGAAUGCUUUACUUUGCACCGGACCUCGUCUUUAACGAACAUCGGAUGCAGAUCUCCACCAUGUAUGAGCACUGCAUGCGGAUGAGACAUCUGUCCCAGGAGUUUGUGCUGCUGCAGAUAACCCAGGAGGAGUUCCUCUGCAUGAAGGCCUUGCUGCUCUUCAGCAUCAUUCCGGUGGAGGGCUUGAAAAGUCAGAAGUACUUUGACGAAUUGCGGCUCACCUACAUCAAAGAACUGGAUCGCCUCAUCAAUUACCAGAUGACCACAAACUGUCCUCAGAGGUUCUACCAGCUGACGCGCCUCCUAGACUCUCUCCAGAUGACUGUAAAGAAGCUCCAUCAGUUUACCUUUGACCUGUUUGUUCAGGCUCAGUCGCUUCACACGAAGGUCAGCUUCCCCGAGAUGAUCGGGGAGAUCAUCUCGGUGCACGUUCCAAAGAUCCUCGCCGGUUUGGCCAAGCCAAUCUUGUUCCACAAGUAGGAGGAUGAGUUUUGUUUUUGUUUUUGUUUUGUUUUUUGUUUUGUUUUUUUUUUCAUUAAAAAUGAAUUAAGUGCUGCCUUCAUGAACUUUAACAAAGGCUGUGAACUGUUUCCCCACAUCGUCUGUCUGAUUGCUUUCAGGCGUGUCCUGUUAACACUGUUUUAUUGCUCAAGUUUCUUUUUUUUUUUUUACACCUUUUAUAUAUAGUUAAGAUUUUUUAUUUAGAACUGGUCAGGCUUUUAUCUUAAGAGCUGCAAGGCCUCAUCUGCUGACAGCUCAGCAGUUUCUGGGUGGAGAGUGUGUCUUCUACAGAUGGAGGAAAGUUGCUUGGUUUUAAAUGAAGAUUAUUCACAAGGUUAAACAACGCACAGCAACACAGUUAUUUAAUUGUGAUCAUGAACAUGAGUCGAAUCCUAUCAUUGAAGAAAAAAAACUGUUGGUUUAUGAUUUGUAAAACCAUCAAUCCCAUGUAAAGAUGUGCAAAGAAAAAAAAAAGUAAAAUCAAUGUUUUGUUACAGCAUCAUAAUCUCACUAAAAAUCUAACUUUUAAUUUCAGUAAAUGUGUACAGUGGGGACUAAAAUACCACAAUCAUCGGUAAAACUGCUGAUUAUAUGGUAUACGACCUCCUCUUGCUAAUAGAAGAGUCAUUCUGGUGGUUGUUUUUAACGUUAGAGAUCAUUAUUAAUAAGCCACGUAACAGAAAUACGAACUCCUUCAGCGAUGUUUUGCUUCUUGUCCGUGUGUACGAAGUUUUUACCCCAGCAAGAGCAUUAAAGCUCUACCAUUGUUUAGGGUUUUUCAUAAAUUGACGUAAAUGAUCUGAAAUCACUCGUGGCAAUAACUGUUAUUGAAGAUUGAAAAACAAAAAAGAAAACUAGUUUUUCAUGUUUUUGUUUUGUUUUGUUUUUUUGUUUCCCAGCCUCUUAAGCAGUGUUUAACUUAAUUACAAAAACAUGCAUGACAUCUUGUGGAAACAAAAAACUGUAAAAAAAAAAAACCCCAAAACAAAACAUGUUGGAUGAGUUAGAAUUUUCAAAGUAGCAUCUUUGUGGUUCGGUACUUUUGGGUCUCAUUCAUCAGAAGCUGGUGUAGAAAUGAUUGAACGACUUUGUGGGAUUUGGGAAACUAAUUGGCCAAUCCCAGCAUACCAACAGUCUGGUGUUCAUUGUGGAUUCAUUUAUUAAUCUCUGAAAGGGCAAUAUCUUUAACAAUCAGAAUUUGCAGGGAACGCCCCAAUUUAUUCACAGCUUCAGUGGCCUCCACCACAGAAGUUGCGACGUUAAAUGAGUGACAUUUUGUAUUUUUGUUUCGUUUAUUCCUUGUUUUUUUAAGUUGGCAAGUGUGCAGUUUGACCGUUUUUUAAAAUUAUCCUUCCCAAUACAACUUUACCUGGCCUUUGGCAUAUGUAUGUAGUUAGCCUCUCUCAUCUUCAGAGUUAUGAAGAAAAAAAUCAUUAAUUAAAUAUAAAUAUAUAAGCUGGAAUCUUGCACUGUUUAAAAAUAAUUAUUGCACUACUAUGAUGUGACGAAUCUCUGACGCAGCUGGAUUUCUCCGCUGCGCCCAAAAACACCGCCUUGACAAACCUGCAGGCACGAUCCGACCUGCAAACCAUUUCUGACAACAUGGAGGGAGCUUGCAGAUUUUUUUUUUUUUUUUCGGGCUCCCACUGGCUGCUUCACUUUCUCCCUAUGAUCAGCCUCAUGCCUGAGUUCAGCAUUGACGUGUUACAUUACAGCACCUGACUCAGCCUUUUACUACACAGUGGAGGCCUACAAACCAGGAAACGGCACGGUUAUUGCUGUUUUUCUUGGAGAACUGUUUCCCAGCCCUUUUGGAGUCUGUGAAAUUUGCGUUAGGAAAUUAAUCUAACGACUUUGAGCUCAGCCUCACCGAGCAUCCUUUUAAACAAGUUUUGCCUUUUCAGACAAGUUAUGAUGCAACAAUUGCCGCAACUGACACUUUGUGCAUGCCUGACUGUAAGUAACUUUUUAUCUGUAAGCAGUAGAUAUUUUUAGCAACCGAUAUCACAGCCAGAACUUAACAAAAAGAAACAAAAGAACAAAGUAAUGAGGGGGUAAACAAAAGAAAGCGAUAAGAAUUUACCCAGAAUGACGUGCACACCUUUUUUUUUUUUUUUCUGACCAUCAGUGCUUUAAUGAAGAAAAUCUUCUUUUUUUUUUUUUAAAUAUGGGGUGAGCAGCAAUUUACUCAGCAUGUUGAAAAUGUAGCAUCCAGACCAGACAAGUGAAGAAUUAGGAAUGCCAAAGAUCUGAAAUUUAGGCGUUGAUGUCCCCGCUGGAGCAACAAAUCCAAAGCCAAACGAAAGCUGGAAGGUCUCACAUGAAGAGUGUGAAAGUCCUUGACUGGCUCUGCUGAACCUCUGGUGAUGAAAACCGAGAGACGGAAUGAGUGGAAUGUCCUCAAGAUAAGCCAUCCCAAACACAACUUAAAAAAGAAAUGGUUCACGGAGUCAAACACAAUCAAAAGGUUUCACAUUUUGUUUUAUUUAAAAGCGAUUUAAACAGUGAAUGACGAGGCAUUUUGUAUAUACAACUUGGUCAAGGUGCAUCUCAAUAGGAAUGUGGUUGAAAAAUUUAUUUAUGUCAAUAAUUCUAUUUAGGAGUGAUUACCAAACACAUUUUUGUAAUUUACAGAUAUAUGUAUAUUUCUGUUAAUUCUACUGAAUAUGUUGUUUCCAAAAUUCCAAAAAUACAUAUCUUAAAAACAUUCGAUCAAGACCAAUUUAAAAAAAGAAAAAGUUUUCAAUGAGAAACUCUCAUGUUGUGCAGUUGAGCGUGUUAAUGGAAGGUUGAGUGGAAGGUAGAACUUAAACGUUUCACUUUUUAGACUGAGUUACUGGAAUAAAUCAUUUUUCGAUGAUAUUCAAAUUCAUUGAUGUGCAUCUUGAUGUGCAGAACAAUGAUUAAAACCCAAGAUGGGAGAAUAUAUCCAGCUUUACUGCUUUCAUUUAUCAACCUGCACAUGUAACAGGUCAUAACUACUCUAUUACAUAAAUUAUCUAGCUUAUUUUGCAGUUUUUAGUGGUCUUCAACAGUGUUCUAUUAGUAUGUAAAUUAAAUAAUUCACAUUACAUUUUCUAAGCUGGUAGUUGCAUGCCUUAUGUGUUUUUAUAAGCGUUAAAUGUAACUUUUAGCUUUACAGAUGCACGGACAUUCAUAUGGUAUCCAGUAAUCUAUUUAUUGUGCAAUUACUGGUUGUGUCAUCGUUGUUCUUUGUGCGGGAGAUUCAGCAGAAGGGAAAAAGAGCACGGAAAGGUGGACGAUGACGUCAAGUUUCACCUUUUUUUUUUUGUUUUGGACCGCGUUCACUUCAACGUCAAAGUGGACGACGUCUUUCUUUUCUAUUUGUCUGUUCGAAACAAAUGUGUUUCAAGUCAUCGAAAUGUGACUUAAUGUAUUGGCUGGUGAGGAACGCAGUGCGAUCGAAACAUUUUUCAACACGUAGCUGUUCGGUAAACAUCCGUCGAACGGAGGGAUGCCAGAACCGGAGUAACAGACGAGCGACCGAUUAUAACGUUUCCUGAAUGCACUAUAUUGUUAGGGUUUUGCAAAAAAAAAAAAAAAAUGUAAAAAAAUGUCUGUCAUGAUUGUGCUUUUAUCCUAUUUCAGCUUUGUCAUGCAUCAUACAGGGGGAAAUGAAGGCAUUAACUGUGUAUUGCACACAAAGGCGAGUCCUGAGGAUGCAUGUGGAAACUUUUAAUACAAACGUGGUUUUAUCAGUCAGGGGCGCGGGGAAGUGUUUGUAUUUUUUAAUUUCUAAAAGAGAAUAGCUGGUAAGUGCCCACUGUACUGCAUAUUGACAAGGCUCUUUGUACAUUCUACAGUAAAUGUAUAUAUUGAUCACUUUAUUGUGUGUUCUGGUGUUCAUACACUUUUCAAAGAAAUCUCUUGUAUGAUUUAUAUCCUUUGUGACCUGUGUUUUUAUGCGUGGUUUUUUCUAAUAUGUAAAGUUACAUCACUCUCUGAGGUCAAUUAAAAGAAGUCAGACUCUGAAA